AUUUGAAAAAAGUUUGCCCCUAGGCAGAAAGUUGGUGCAAAACAAGAAAAAACAUAGCAUGCAAAGGAUAAAUCUGUGCAAUAUAAGAGAAAACUUUUCAAGAACAUCAAGGAAACUGUUUAAGGACUGUUUGAUGUUCAGAACUAAGACUGUGAUAUUGAAAUCAAAGAACAACUAGUAUUAUAUAUAACUACUAAUUCGAAUAAAAGAUAUAAACAUGUUACUUAACAUAUUCAAAUCGGGCAUAUUUCAAAAGGAUUUUCGUCGCCAGUUGCUGGUCACAUUGAGUGUAAUACUGAUUACAUUCUGUCAUGGCAUCGCAAUCGGCUGGCUCGCCCCCAUGCUACAAAAGCUGCAGUCGGAGUCGGAAACGCCACUGGACUUUGUGAUUGAUGUUAAUGAGGCCUCUUGGCUGGGCUCCCUUGUUAGUUUGGGCGGCUUGUCGGGCAACUUUUUCUUCGCCUUCAUCAUGAAUCGCUUCGGCCGCAAAGUGGCCAUCUACGGAAUGGCGGUGCCCAAUAUGUGCAUUUGGAUUCUGUUCUAUUUUGCGGAAUCCAUUGAAUGGCUUUAUGUGGCCAGAGUUUGUACCGGGCUGACGGGCGGCGGUAUUUUCAUUGUGCUACCAAUGUUCAUUGGCGAAAUCGCCGACAACAGCAUCCGCGGCAGAUUGUGCUCCUUAUGCAGUCUGGCGAUGAAUUUGGGCAUACUCAGUGGCUUCAUCAUCUCGUCAUAUGUGCCCUAUCACAUCAUACCACGCGUAGUGAUUCUGCUGCCACUGUGCUAUUUGCUGUUGGCAACACGCUACCCUGAGGUUCCUCAGCAGUUGAUGCGCAGGGGGCGCAUCGAGGACGCGGAACGUUCAUUGAAAUAUUAUUGGAAUUGUGAUGGUCCAGCACCCAGCAAGGAGGCGGAGAGAGCCUGCCAGAAGCAGUUCAAUGAAAUGCGCGAGUCCCUGCUGCAACAGGGCAAGGAAUCCAGUAACGAUGGCCUCACAGUCGCCGACUUCUGCAAUAAGCGUGCCUUAAAGGCGAUAAUGACGGGAAUUGUUCUUAUGAUUGCCAAUAUGUUCACGGGCACAUUCGCAUUCAUUAACUAUAUGUCGACCAUUUUUGAACGCGUUCAUACACAGCUGGAGCCCAAUACAAAUACGAUUAUCAUUGGCGCCGUUCAGGUUGUGGGCACUUUGGCAUCCAUUUAUCUAGUGGACCGCUAUGGACGCAAAAUUCUGUUGGUUAUCUCCUGUGUGGGCAGCGUUGUGGGCACUGCUGCAUUUGGUAUAUAUGCAUUCUAUGCCGAGGAAACGGAUGCGGAUUUGAGCGCUUUUUCCGCAUGGCUUCCAGUUACGAUUAUGGCUUUCAUCAUAUUUGUGGCCACUGUGGGCGUUAUUUCGGUUACAUUCGUUGUGUUGGUGGAGAUUAUACCUCCCAAAAUUCGUUCAGUUGCCAGCAGCGCCUGUCUUGGCUGCCUCAGCGUCUUUGGCUUCAUCUCAGUGAAGAGCUUACCCAUUAUGAUGGAGUACCUGGGAUUGGCAGCCACCAUGUGGGGCUGUGCAGCAGUUAGCGCCAUCUGCGCUUUCUACGUGGUUGUCUUCGUGCAGGAAACAAAGGGUAAAUCCAUGUAUAAUUAGGUCUAAAAUGUGCAAAAGUGACAAUAAUAAUAAAGAAAAAUGGUUUUCAGUAAAAG